AAACAGUUGUGUUUAUAUUUUUUAGAUGAAGGAUGUGCGAAAUUGACGUAUGGGGAUCAAUCUUUUGACGGGCCAGUGGUCUACUCUCCAAUGAAUUGGUUUGAGACGCCGGCAGUUGUUAAACUUGAAUCAGGUAAUGAAUUUAUCAAAUAUGUACUUAGUUGUUGUCAUAUAUAUACAUACCUUCCCUCCGUAAAGAUUUGAUUGUCAUUAAUUGGUGUUGGUAUCGGUAAAAGCCAAACGGCUCAAAAGUAUUUUGAGCCGUUUGGCAAAUGCUUUUCACAUUUUGCGUUUUAAAUUUGAGAGUUUCGAAACAUAUUUGUUGGAUAUUCGCUUUGAUAGCUUUCGAUGUGCAGAUAAGUUGUUGACAUUAGUUAAAAAAUUUUCAUCUCGUAGAUGAAAAACAAAAUUGGUAAAAAAAGGUUAAUUUCUGUUUUCUCUCCAGUCUUGAGGCUUGUCGGGGAAAAAAGUCGAGUUUCUGUUUCUUGGAUUUUCGGGGAUCAUAUUAUUUCAGUAGGGUCAGUUGUCGUCAAUGAGUAUGGGGGGGGGGGGGGGGGUGACAAUAACCUUGACUUCCAAUUAAUUGGUAAUGAGGUGGGAUCGUAAGAAUGUUACAGAGCUUUGAGGGGGAAUCAGUUAAAAAUUUUAUCUUGAUACAACUAAAAAUCUUCCCACCGCAGACAAUAAAUAAUGACUGGUUCCUCAUGUCUACUAGACCAAUUAGAAUUAAAAUUUAGCAAAAACAAGUAAAAAUCAACACUUAUAUUCUCUUAGCAAAAACCAAUGCAACCUGAUCUACUUACAAAAUUAACUCGAUGCGCUGCCCUAACUACUUAUUUUGAACUCUCUCAUUAGCGUGUUCGGGCGAGGAAGCACUUGGGCUAGAGAGUGGUCUCAUUACUGAUCAGCAGAUUACCGCUUCAUCCUCAUGGGAUGCGGCACACGGACAACAGAACGCCCGACUAAACCACCAAGCCGCCCGAGGUAAAACAAGUGCCUGGUCAGCGCAAAGCAAUGAUCUCAAUCAGUGGCUUCAAAUCGAUUUCGGACGAAAUGUAAAAAUUACGAAGCUUGCGACUCAGGGACGUAAUGACUACGGCGACCAAAGGGUGAAAAGUUAUACUCUCGAUUACAGCGCGGAAGGCAGUAACGUUUUUCAGGCCUAUCAAGAGAAUGAAUCAGAUAAGGUGCAGUGGUUUCCUUUAUGUUGCAUCUUAUGUAGCGAGGGCUCUAAGGAGCUUUGGAAUUUUUAUGUAAUUUUUUAUUUAGUUUUAAUAAUGAGGGUCACAUUUCAUAAGACAUAUCGCCAUUUCGUGUCUGCUUAUCUCUAUUUUAAAUUUGUGUCUGUAUGUGUAACACAUCUGGCUUCCCAUUGAUUCUCAACCAUGUGUAAAUCUAUAAUAAAGUUCUGAUAUAGCGCGUGCUGUCAUUGGUUGAAAGAGCGUGCUCUAUGAGAGUAUAGAGCAUAGAGCUGAGCGAAAGCUGUCACGCCAUCUGUCAAAUUGUACUAUGUUCGACCUUUUCCGGGACUUCUUUUUAGCUUUUUUUCCGAUAAUUGAAAGUGAAAUUUCGGAACAAGCGAGCCGGCAAGUAGCAACAGAAGAACCAAACAAAGGUUUGUAAAUAUACCAGGAGUCGUAAUUUACGUUAUUAAAACGUGAGCAGAUAAGAAAAUCCUCCAAGGAAAAACGAAAUAGACAUUACGAGUUUUAAAGAUGUUCACGCUCAGUUAGAUUGCAAGCUUACGCACGGUAAUAAAAAUCAAACACAGCUAACACUCGUAGAGUAUGUAAAGUUAAGUGUUCAAAAAUAAAACAGAACAAAACAGAAAUGAUGAAAAAUAUAACCAAACUGGCAUAACUGUUAAAAAUUAAUACUAGUCAGGACGGUGUCUGAGCGAAUAUGAUCAUGCUGAAUUCCAUCGCGGCUCGCUCAUCAUGGCAAUCUCCGGUCAUCACAGUAAAGCAAGCCACAGAAACUACAUCGGCCACUCUUCGAGUGAAAAAAAAAGAGCAUGCUCUGAUAUCCUUUCCGAUGCGUUGAGCGGAAAGUCACAUCAAUCACUGCGGCCGAGUUUUGCGGUGCUGUCAUCCCGAGCGAUCUUCAUGUUCCAGUGAAUUCGGCUGUCGUUCACUAAAAAAAAACUCGCCUUGAACAGUUUGUUUUCUAUCUUGUCGUGUGAAAAAAUUCGCGUGUUUUUACGAGCCAUAAUUUGGCUGAAGUUCAUUGAACAUUUCACUUCAAGAUUCUGUAUUAGAGACUUAAAAACUUCAAGCGAAAGUGUUAAAUUCGACCUGCCGAACUAUUUAGUUUGUAAACUAUCGCAGAUUGUGAACAUUGAUGGUUUUUUAACUUUGAUGAUUUGACACUUUUGACAGCUUUUAUCUUGUACAGCCAAUCCGAUUAUUUGAACCAUUUUAACAGGGAUUCUGAUUGGCUUAUUGUAGCGUGCUUUAUGAGAGUAUAGAGCAUGCUGACGACACUGUUGUUCGCUUUGAAAAUAAAGUUUGUUUGGAAAAUCGAAAGUAAUGCUUGGGGAAUUUAACGGAUUCUUUAUUAUAAAACAAACAGAGAAGCCCCUAUACUUCUCUCGUGCUCUAGCCGCUUCCUAAGUGCUUUAUAACAGAACAGAGCACAGUCAAGGCUUCUAUAUUUGUUAAAUAGCUGAUGUUUUUCAUUCGAAUUGUUUAGCAAUUCCAAUUAGCGGUCUUUCCCCGCGCUUCUAGUCGUUCAUCGCAAGGUUAGCCAGUCUCUCUCCUCCCUAAAAACAGGUGUGAAUGGUUUUGAGAGCCGAAAUUUGAGGUUCUAUGGCACUGGAAUUGCCGUAAAACAUCACCAACGGUGGAUGCAUCGAUCUUUGUUGAAAUUCGCUAAGGCUUAAUUUUUUUUUUUUAGCCAGCGAUUGUCUUUGCAGAAGUAAUCUGGGUUCCUUGUGGAAUCACAUGAAUUGUUCAUUUUAUUUUCCAGGUUUUUAAUGGAAAUGCAGAUCAGAACACCGUGGUUACCCAUGUCUUGUUGCAACCAAUCACAGCUCGAUAUGUCCAAAUAAAACCAAAAUCAUGGAAUGAACAUAUUUCCAUGAGAGCCGAGUUUUACGGCUGUGUUCUCUCAGGUAAGAGACCGGUCAUUUAAGGGGGAGGGGGUAGGGGAGGGAAGCAGGUGGUUGUGUCAUUGUGUCAUAAUCAAAUUUACCUGAUUCCCCCUCUCCCCGAGGCUCUACAAUAUCGUUAUGAUCAUCUCUCGUUGGCAGUCUAUUUUCUGUAUUCCCCCAUUCAUUAUGUUGGCGACGAAUAAUCCCCCCUUCCUAUCCCUUAAAACCACGUAAUCCCCAAAUUACUCCGCACCCCUCCUCCCCAAGGUGAUUAUGGAUCCUUAAUAGAGAUAAGAUAAAACGAGGAAUUACUCCAUGGUACAUGGUUAUCAUCAAUCAUCUUAGACAGUACCUUGAUCAAUUUAUGCUUUUUUUUUAAUACCUCGAAACAAAUUACAGACCGUUAUCAAGUACUUGGUCGAAAUGUUCACAUGGAUUACGUUCAAGAGCAUCUUCGUACAAAGAGAGAGGUAACCUUUGGAGAGACCCAGGAGCGAGCCAAUAGAAUUGAGCUUGAAAUUCUAACUGAUACUGUAUAUGUUAAGGUAGGUAUUUUCACAGUUAACUUUGGAAAAGGGAAAUUUUUUUUUUCAGUGAUACCCAUCCGUUUGUUCCCAAGAACCUUUCGUACUCAUUCGAUUCGAAAUAAAUUCGGACGAUUCGUUUCCAGUUUGUUUCAAUUCGUAUCCGUCCAACAUUCAGUGGCGAUCAAAACCUAGGAGAUCUCAGGAACAGAUGUUGAUUGUUGCGCACGUCACGUUAGUAAAGAGACAAGCGGGUAAAACACAAACAAAGCUAUUUUUUGCAUACUUGUAAUCUUCUUAACGAUAACCACUAAAUUACUAUUACUGCCCAGCGCGAUGUAAGGGUGUCAUAUAAAAACUGGACACCCCACAAAUAAAACUUCUUCAACGCAGAUUAUAUUGCUACUGAUUGCAAUAUUUGACAUCAGAAACCCGCUAUACUUUCAGGUAAAGAGGAUUCAGAAACAUACUUAACAUAGAAAACGAACAUAAAUUAAUAUGGUUACGAAACGACAAAAGUAACUGGGUGCGAUUGGUCUUAGCAGGAUACAAAAUGUCCGUGGGUAGGAAAAAAGUGGUAACCGUUUCAAUCAGUAAUAUAGAACCCCUAUGUUUCCGAGACCUCUACGAAUAACAGUUGGAUGAAGAACAUAUUGUAGCAAUCGAGGCCAUUUAAUUGACCGUUGAGAUCGCUUUUUAUUAGCUUUGGUUUCUGACAUUCAAUCGAAAAAGCCUUUCCGUCUAGAAUGUCCAAUAGAACUCAAACAAAAACAAGGAACAGUAUUUUUACAAAUUAAACUACAUUGACGUGCCUCAGAGCGGUUUCGGUUUACAUGUAAGGAAUCACUCUGCUUAUCUCCCAUAGGGUCACGUAGAUCUGCGUGGUAUAAAAAGAUUGACAAUAUUGAGCCGAAAGGUGAUCUUUUCGAAGGACAGUCGAUUAGACCUUAGAGCUCCCAACUUAGUGCAAAAUUUUAACAAUCUGUCUCCUGGUUCCGAUGGAGAUGAUGGGGAGCAUGGAGUUCAUGGUCCAACAGGUGAGUAAAGGACUGCCGGAAAUUCAAGGCCAUGAUCUUCUGCCCUCUUUUUUAUGGCUUGUGUGGGUCAGGACCAAAUGUCAUUUGUGUGGGGGUUGUGAGGUACCAAAUCCCCGAGGUUUACUCUCUCGAAAUAGGCUAAUAGGGAUGUGCUGCUGGAUGGGAUCGCACUUUCACGACUCGAUUGACUUUAAUGGGGUUACUAUUUCAACAGAGUCACUAGAAUGGGAUCGCAAACUGUCGCGAUUUUGGAUUAUGCAAUGCAAUUUUUUUCUUUUUUUUUAUAUUUGUCUUUGAUAGUCACAGUCUACGCGAAAAUGAUUGCUGGCUAUGUAAAUAUUAUAACAAGUGGCGGAAAUGGAAAGCCGGGGCAAAAUGGCGCGAAUGGAAGAAAGGCAGCCGACAGCAUGCACAAGGUACAUGAUUCAGUAAUUGAUAUGCGUGAUAUAGAAAAAGUGAGGGAAAAGUCAUUAUUUAUCGCCUGGAGACGGAGGGAAGGGGGGGUGGGGUAAAUGGUAGGAGAGGGUGGAGGAUUUCGGGAACGAAGAGGGGUGAUAGUGGGACUAUAGAAAAUCGCCUGCAAAUUAACUGCCAAUCGGAGUGGGGGUUGGAGGGGGGGAGGGGGAUAAGAAUAGUAGAGAUUGUGGGGGAAUCAGGUAAAUUUUAUCGAGACAAAACCAACCCUUCCGGCCCUCACCCCUCUCCCCCACCCAUGCGAUGAAUAACGAUAGGUUCCCUAUUUAUGAUAAUUCGUCAGGCUACGAAAUUGUUAAUUUUGAAGAUCACUAUUGAUGAUUUAACGGAUAUUUACUCUAACAGCGGAGGUUUUGUGUCAAAAAACAAUCGGUACUUUUUGUAACUUUUCCAUUCAAACAGCAACCGGACAGGACAAACUCUGAUUGCAAAGCAGGUAAAACAUGGAAUGGCUGCACUAGUCACUUUGCGGGGAGACCAGGUAUAUCAGGCGGAAAUGGAGGAAACGGCGGAGAUGGUGGGAGAUCAGGUAAAGCUGAAACUUAUUUUAAAUUCCCACCAUAACAGAGUAAAUUAUUUUUUUUUCUUGAGUUUCCAAAGAUUAACCUACCUGUCCAAUAAUUGUCAAUAACGUUGCUAGCGUUACCGACAAUUUUUGGACAGUUAGGGUUUGUUCCUUUUCCGAGGCCGCAACCACGCGCAGUUGGGAGUAAGUUUCUAAAGAAAUUGUGGUGCUGCGUUAGUUUGGGGAUUAUCAAGAUAAUUUGGUGUUAUCAACUGAGUUGAUGGUGGAAAUUAGCCACCGCAAAGAAUUUCUAAAGCUGACGUUUCGAACGUUCGUCCUUUUCCAGAGGAAAUUAUGAACAGCUAGUGCUUGAAACGUUAGCUUUAGAAAAUCUUUACGGUGGCCAAUUUCCAUUUUCAACUCAGUCGAUACAAAGAGAAUAAUACAUGGCACGCGUGGAUAUAAAAUUUAUCUUCGAGUAUUCAACUCGAUAUAUAGCUCACGAGUGAGCGCAGCGAACGAGUGAGAUGUCGAGUUGAACACGAGAAGAGAAAUUCCAUAUCUACAAGCAACUAUGUAUUAUUUUGUUUAUCAAAGAAACACAAUAGUCCUUUACUGACAAGAAAAGUCAACUUUAUAUUAACGAAAAAACAUCGGAAAAAAAUCGUUAAUUGCGUUGGCGCUAAAGCUCGAGAUGAGAAAAUGCGUUGAAACACUUAAAAAAAAAAGAAAUGGGCGUAAUUUUUAAUACACAAAAUUAUCACUUAUUGACUCGGUCUUCCUACCGACAGCAGAAAUCUUUCAAGUAAACGGCCCAAAUCGGUGUGUGGAAAAUCUUCCAGUUGUAAACUUUCCUUCUUAGCCGCGAGAAAUGUCAUUACCAAGGCCACUGAAAACGUUACUUUUGAUUUUUCUUUCCGUAUUUUUUUCACGUGUGUUGUGCGGCUUUUCUUAGGGCUAGAAAUCCUUGUAUAACACCCUAGUUUAUAUGGUAAAACCAAAUCAUCCACAUAAAAAAUUGGUUCAGCAUCCGUAUGAUGAGAUGUGGUGAACACACCGGAGGUUUGGAAAGCACGAAAGAUGCGUAAGAAUUGGCUGCUCUUAGAGCAAUUGAUUCUAGCCUCUUAAGUACUCUCCAAUCUUCUCAAGUGCUUCAUAUCUAGAUUAACACACAGCUGAUACAUGAACUAAUUGUUCCAUUUCAUUUUCCAUGCAGCAGUGAAAUAUGUCUUAUAUGGUAAUUCCCCUGCCAUGCACACAUUUUACUGUGCCCCGUUCACAAUGGAAACCUGAGGCACUCGUGCUGUUGACUUUGAUUUCUUGUCCACGAACUGACUGUUAUAAACAGUAGUAAUCACCAUUUAAAUGCACUGCAUUUACUUAUGUCCCUCACCUGUUUAUUUAUUCAUUAAACUUAACAGGAAAUGGUGGUCAUGCAGGCCAUCAAACUCUUCAUGCCUUGACAGUGAAAGGGAAAAUCGAAUUAACUUCUUGUCGUGGGACUGGAGGGCAGCCGGCAAUAAACGGAUUAGGAGGAGCCGGUGAGGACUCAGAAAUUCUUCAUUGAUUAAAUUUUGCUCAAGGAUACAAUUAUCUACCAACCUUUUUUUUCUUUCUUUUUUUUUUUUCCUAUCACUAUGAUAGAAUAAAUAUCAUUGGUCUGAGGAAACACCACAAAUAAACCUAUAUCCCGAUUCUUUGGAAGGCAGUGAAACAUUUUGCUACCAAUACUUCAUCGGAUCAGGAAGAAGCUUGGCUUACAACAUGAGUUCAUUAAGAAAGGUUAAAAACGCUACGACGACGCGAAAACUAAGUUAAGCAAAAACGAAAACCACGAAAAAAGGCAAUUAAAUAUUUGUAAUUCUGGCGCCGACAAGUUGUCAUUGUAAUUGUCGCAUGACGUAUGCGACUUGGUGUCACUCUUUGUCGAUAACUCCAAAUAAAAGGGUAACGUAACUAAUAGACACCGCCUUCGUUUUUCUAUGGCACUAUAAUUAGCUUUUACAACAAUCAAUUUUUUAACCAGCGGAAUACAAUCAAGAGAAGGUAUGAUCCUCAAAAAUUAGCUGCAAUCAGUCAGAAGGGUGAGAAAUUCAAGUGCAUGUUGGGAGAGGGGCAAAGUUUAGAGGAUUCUCUAUUCCCGCAAAGGAAUCUGAUGAGGCUGGAUUGAAAGUGGAUUGAUGAUCUACUGAAAGAUGGGCAGAUCAACAUGCAGAAGCAUCAACAGAGCAACGAACAGUUUGAUCAAUUAAAAGAAAUUGUUGUUUUCAGGUGGUUUAGGUGGACGUGGUGGCCGCGGGAUAAACUGUAGGAAGAAGGAGAGAUGUGGCGGAUUCAAAAUAUAUACCUGUAGCCAUUGGUGUGAAUCAUCCGGACAAACUGGCGAGGCCGCUCGCGGAGCAACUGGAAGAAGCGGAAGCAACGGAAAAGGUUUUUUAUUUGUUUAUUUUUUUAUUCUUUAAUUGAAUUUAAGACGGUCUUACACUUCCUUAAAAUGGAUUAAGGUUCCCAGGUUACGGCUCCCUUCCCCUUUCCAGCUUGAAAAUCUUGGAAAAUCAGAAUAAAGUCUCGUACGGAAUGUGUUUGCUAGGAACGAGAAGGGAAGGGAGAGAGCACUUUGCUGGUCUUUUUUCAAAGAAUUCUGUCAAUUAUUUUAACACGUGAGAGAAGAGUGGAACGCUGUUUCAAGCUUAAGCGUUCCCCUUCUUCCCAAUGUAAACUUAUGGUGUUAACUCGGGAAAUAAAACUGAAAUGAAAUCUCUUCAGGUCUUGUGUUCAACAUCACUGCAAUGGGAAGGGAAUGGGAAGGAAGGUUCCUUCCAAACAUAGUAAUUUGUUGGGCAAUGCUAGAACACUAGCUUCUGUCUAAAGUUUAUGCUUCAAAUGCAUAUUUAACAACUUUCAAUUUUGUUACGAUUUUACUUUUAAGAACUCGUAGCAAAAGGCUCCAAUGGUCAGGUGGAAAGUUCUUAUCUUCAGAAAUUUAGUUUGGGUCCCGAGCAAUUGAAAAAGUAUCCUCUGCAGUUGAUAAAGAUGAUGACAAGAUAUGGUGAAGAACUUCUCUGGGCCAACGAUGUUAAAAAAAGCGACGCUGUGUUCAAGUUUGUUGUAAACUUGUCAAAUGGCAAUCCCGAAGCGUCUGAAUUGAGGAAAGGUUCGGCAUUUUCGAAUAUAUUUUCGUUUAAUGUACUACAUUAAGAGAAACUACAGAAAAGAAAUUUGCUGAUAACUCUCUUUUCGAAAGACAUGAUCCCAGCCCGGCAAUAAAUACUUAUAUUUCACAUAUAGAUUCCAUGUUGCCUUACGUUUGUACAGUAAUAUAAAACGGAUGACCUUAAAAUGUGGUAAGAACAAAAAAGUAGGACUGGAGGCACAGCCUGAAAAAGGUGAAUAGUUAUCAGAAAAUCUAAGGAAGUAAUCUGCGUAGAAGAUGAUAUGUAAGUCUUCCAUUGCGAGUUUGAAGCGGCACACAAGCAGUUAUUAAUUCCCUUGAUUAUCAUUUGUUUUGAAUAUUUCUUAGUGGCAAAGAGAAGACUGGCUUUUAUGAACAAAGUAGGAUAUGACAGAUUUGGAAAGAACCAGCUGUUCGCACCUAUUAUCAAAUGGGAGGCCCUCAAGAAACAGGUCGAAGUAAUCAAAGAUCGUGCAGAAACGUUUGAGAAAGCUUACAAUGCUAUCAAAGAAUCGAUUAAACGGCAGGAUGACGUAAAGACAAUAGUAAAAGCACUACCACGGACUACCAGACUUCAAGUUGUAAAGCAAAAAAACAGACUGGAAGAGGCCAGACGAGUAGCAGUGAGCGAAAAGGGAGCAUAUGUGUUGGUAAGUGUCGAAACCUCCAUGUCGAAUAUAUACCGAUCUCCUAGCGAGAGGGUACCAACCUGUGAAACUGAGAUCUCUAACUGGUCUUCCCUCUUACAUUUUUCUAAGAUGAAUAAUGCUAUACCUGCGAUCUUCACUUGAAACACUCUGAAUCAAAAUACUUUCGAAAGCGAAUGUUGUCAACGUCGGCAUUGCGUACGGCGUCCUUUCCUUCUCUAAAACUUUUAUUUCAAAGGGAAACAACUAACGAACAGGUAUUCUGAUCUAACCAGAUGCCUCGACUCUACACGUGGGAGUAUAGCUUCGAAAUAAGGUGGAGCUUAGUUCUUUAGCCUUUUGUUGGAAAAUCAAAGGCCUUACGGAAAACGCGCUGGUCGGGCGGCGAGGUCUGGGUUCAAGACAAAGCUGGUCAAUGUUGAUGAAAACAUUUCAUUUUAAAAGUACUUCUCUCCACCAAAUAGCACCAGUGAAGUAUUAGCGAUGAUGAAGGGUAACCUGCAAUGACGUAGCAUCCAGUUCAUUGGGCGUGGCAUUACCCCUAGUUGCUUCAUGCCUCGCAGUCCCGGAUAAACUCCUGCUAACCUACUUGAACUUCCUUGGUUUACUUCAAUCUUUUACAAAUUAAUAAAUAAAGGGGUUAAGUUUCAAAAGAAACUGUGGCGCUGUGUCGGUGGGACAGUAUAACAGGAUAAUUAAGGGUUAAUAAUGUAAAUUGGUCAUCGUAAAGAGUUUUAAAGAUAAACAAUUUAACUCCAUUCUCUCUCGUCAUGAAAUUAUACCAGUUUAUCUUAACUUUAUGAAAUGUUAUAAGUUGCAGUAUUGUGAAGGCUGUUUUCGCGAUACUGACAAGAGCGAAUACGAAAUAAGCUCUUUUUUCGGUUGGGGAAAUAAUGAAUACACAAAUAAAAAUACGCAAAUACGCAGGGGAACCAAGCCGUGGAGAUGUGAUUGCUUUUCAACGACGUUUUUUCUGAAAAAUAACGUAAACAACGAUAAGCGACUGAAAAUAAUACUUAAUUUGUAUUAGUUUAAUUGUUCUUGCACUAAUGUUGUAAUUUUUUGUCUCCUCUUCGUUGCACUAGGCUAUUGGUGAGCUGGAGGCAAGCAUGAAGAGUAAUCUGCUGGAAGCAAAAGCGAUGCUUCCAGACGUGUACGAAAAAGCAAAGUUUAACAGCGACGACUUAUUUGUCAUUCUUGAGGGAAUAACAGGAUUCUUUAGUGGUGCAAUGGGAAAAGAUCCUUUUGCCGCCCUUGGAUCAGCCCUCGGGGUUAUUGGGCAUUUUGCUGGCAAAUGUGACCUUGGCAAACUUCAGGGUAAUUUAGAUAAAGUAGAAAAAUGGUUGAAAUUUGGAAAGGACUAUGCUGCCCUGAAAGACUCAAGUGAAUUGGAUUUUGACAAAAUGGAUGUGGCUGCUGUACCUGAAGUAAUGCAGGUAAACAUGGAUAUGCUGCAUCUCCAAUAUCUAAUGUUUGUGUUUCUUAAUAGCUUGUUGUUUGGUUGUUUGUUUGUUUAUGUACUGAUUUAAUCGUUGAGUUUUAUUUGCUUUGUCUUUCUUUUUACCCUUUUGCCUGUUUUGUUUUCUGUUUGUCUCUCGGACUCUGUGUGUGUGUGUUUGUCUGUGCGCCUCUUUCUUCGACCCUAGCUUUAUUGCUGUUUCCCAAGUUAUAUCCGGCUCAUGACAUUUUUUUUUUUACCUUCUUAUAAAAAGGCUAAUCUGGAAAUGAACAAAGAGGGACUUGCAGCGGACCUUGUUUGCCUGCUGGAUGAGAGGUCAAAACCCCGAAACUCGGCAAAGUUUCAAGAACAGAUCGAACGAUUUUUUAUCGCUGGUGCAGCAAGAAUCGAUCUCAUAGCAAAGGUCAUGGACUUGGAUAACGAAAUCGGUGGACAUAACUUUGACAUUCUGAACUUAGAAGAGACAGCAAAUGAAAUCGAAAGCCUUCGUAGCUCUGGUGGUAAGGAUCUUUGUGAUUAUACAUCGCGUCCAUGCUACCUCUUUUUAUAACAAUGAUAUCUGCGGCUAUGAUCGCACGCAUGGUCGUGCACAUGCAGAAGGACAUGUUUGGCCAUACGUUCUGGCCAAAAUGUCCCAUCAAGUUAAGCUUGAAGGCCACGUCGCUUCACGCUUUCCCUGUUGAUGAUCCUCUCUCCUUAAAUAAGCAGGAAAACGAAUAUUAAACGUGACAGGUUCGUUUUCCAGAUUCAUCCAACUUACAACCGCUGUUUUUAAUAAUUUCUGUUUAAUUAGCAAGAUGGUGCAUUUGUAUUUUACAAAAAGCAAAGGCCUAAUAAUAGUAUUUUUUCUUUUCAGAUUCUCCCAUCGCUGAAAGCACACAGCAGAUGUUUCUGGAUGGUUUACUUACUUCCUAUCAGCAUAUAGAAACAGGAUUUGCCCAACAAUUGUACCAGUUGUACAAAGGUUUCGAGUUUCGCUCUCUAUGGGUUGUUCAGGAAAAAUUAGCAGAAUUCGAACGGCGAGCGGUGUUAGCCGCGCAGGGAACAGGAAAUCUCAAAGGCGUUUUAGAGCUUACAAAAGCACUUCAAGAAAUCGAUAAUAUCGAAAAUAAGGGACAGCGAUGCUUCACAAAAUUUCGCCACACAGUCACCACGCAUAAAUGGACAUUUGACAGUGCUAAAGACAACGUGGUAUGUGGAGUAUUUCUUUUAUCUUUGUUACAGUAAAAGAUUUGUUGUUUUUUUGCAGUUGUUAAUGUUGCUGUUGAUGCUUUUUGAACUGUUUCCUUGUUUUCCCUUUUGUUUUUUUUUUUACUUUUCCGUUCGGUAGUUCAUUCGGUUAUUGGUUGUUUAGCCCCUUCGGAUUCAGUCAAAACCUCGUUAAAAACAAAUUUCAUUUCCUUUAUUCGACUUUUUAAUUUUUAAUUUUGUCUUUCUGAGAAAACUUUGCCAGCUCUCUUUUUGGCUUGCUAUCUUUUUUCGAUUGUUGCUGUGGUAGAUAUUUAUAUGCUAGUUCAGUCAUUUCUAUUGAAGCAAUCUCUGCAUUAAAUGUCAUCUUUGAGAGCUAUAAAACUGUUUAUUUAUAGUUUCUUCUUCGUUUAUUGUAGAUGUUCGACGAACUUCAAAAGGGCACAACGAGGUUUUCAUUGAAAAUUUCAGAUAGCUGCGAUCUCUGUUAUAACAUCCGCCUUUUGAAGGUAAUAACUAGGCUCAAAUAAAUUUUGCUAACAUAUCUCUGGCCAUAAUGUCAUAAUAAUAAUUAUAUACAGUUUAUAAUCUCUUCAGUAACACACAUGGCUCUCAAACAAUCCUAAAUUUAGUUAUUAAAUGGAGCAUAAUGAAAAAACAUAAGCAUAGUUUUGGGCAUGAUUCUCUCCUUUCAGGGGUGACUCUCAAAAGCUUAAUGGCGAAUUGUGAGCAAACUGUUCUUAUGGUAUUUCAAAGUUGUUAUUCUCGUAACGACUCUGUUAUACUCCAUUCAGACCAGGAAAAUAUAGUUAGUUUAGCCGUGUUAAACUGUAUUUAUAACUGAAUGAUAAUAGUUUAUUUGGUCAGAAACACGCAUUUUCAGUGCACUUGAUUUGAAGUCGGCAAACAUCGGUUUAAGGAACUCUUAAUGAAAAACAGUGUAAAGCCGUGAUUUAACAAAACAAAAUUUUAAAACAUGUUGAAGCCUUGGUGCGAAUGGAAAAUUUGAAAAGAUAACGUUCAGUCUAAGUUUUCUAACUGUCUGUAAGAAUUAAGUUAUGUUCACACUAAUCUGUAUGAUUUUUUGCUUUGUUUUGUUUUCUGUUUUCGUCUUCUCUUUUUCAGAUGUACGUUGAGCUAGAAGGUGACAAAUCUCAAAGCGGUGAUUACCCAUCGAGUGUUUAUCUUAAAUUAAGACAUCUCAGUGGCUCUUACUUUAGAGAUGGCAACGGGAAUGUCAGGGAAUUCCGGCAGCCUUUAGGAUCAUGGCGGACAUUAGAAUUCGACCGAUUUGCAAUCACUAAUACCAAAGGAUGCAACAAAGAAAAAGCAAAAGGAAACAGUGAGUAAUGAUAAGGCUAACAUCACAUUGUAUUUCACGAAAGCCCUUCUUCCAGGCGUCACGCAACGCUAUCAUCAAGGCGUGACAUCCUACAGAACGGAGAUUAGACUCUGACCAAACCAAUACGUUCUCGCGCUUCGACGCAUUCUUUUGGUAAACGGUGAUGAAAACGGAGCGUGGAGCGUUUUGAAAAAACGCCUCUAUUAUAACCUAGAUAAGUCUGUGCAUAGUAGAGAUCCGGUUUCAAAUUAUUUGUAAAAUAUUUUUUCCCCAAAUUUUCAGAGGAUUCUCUCUUCUGUAUGGGCAAGGACGAUAACCGCUUUCAACCGAUGUGCUGCCAUUAUCUCAGCGGUUCCCCGUGUGAUGACACACUCCUUGGAGCAGAAGAAUGCCGGAGUCCAUUUGGAACCUACGAAAUGACCAUGCCGAUUGACAGCAAAACUCCCUGUACAGCCAGUGGCUCACGCAUAACACACGAAAACUGCAAGGAAUUUGAUGUAAGCUUAAGUUAUUAGAUUUGACUGAGAAGUUUUUGGGCAUCCGAAAGUAAAGACAAUCCCCAAGUGCUUCAGGCUUGCAAUUUUCCACAAGCGUUAAUUCACCAUUGCAGAGAAAAACUAAUAUUUUAAUGUCAAAUUUCGCGUUUUACUUGUCUAAAUUAAAGUACUUUUCAGCUGUAAAAAAAGGUUCUUCCUUCAUAUGCAUUUUGCCUAUUUUUAUUGGAUUUUUUCCGAUCCGUUUUUUAAAAGCAAUUAGAUGUGACUAAAGCCAAGAGAAUAUUUUGUCUGAUGCUUAGGAAGGAAAUUGGAGCAAACAGUGGCAUUGUAAAACUUCGUAGAUGCCAUGUAAUUAGGAAACAAUCUUUUUUUCAGCCUUAUCCUUUAUCCUCCAUUUUCAAACAAAUAAUUGUUAAUUUUUCCCGGAAUGAGAUUGGAGUACUGGCUACCUGUCAUAGCCACAAGGGUCAUAAAUUAAAGCCGUGUACCAAAUUAUGUCAAAAUCGAAUGUGAUCGCGCAUGCAGUCCAAACGUUAAACGGAUAAAAUGAACGAAAAGAUAACUGAUGCCAAAAAUAUUUAAGGGUUGCGAUUUAUCUAACUGUUUCCUCUGUUAAACAUCAGCGUUCAGUGUUCACAAAAAUGAACGUGUGGAUUCAGUAUCUGUACUGGACUGGUGAGUACCCAACAGGUCCAGACGACCUAAGAUGCAGCAAGUUUCAGGACCCAGACUCCGAGGCUGAGCAUGUUCCCAUAACCUUUAACCAUGAAGCGUCAGGUGAUAUUGAAUCAUAA